CUCACAGGAAGAAACACAAGCUUCCUGCAUGAUCUUCCUGCAAAGACAAAGAUGGCAGCUCUCCUCCACAGACUGGCCGGUCCCAGGUGCUCACCGAGGCGGUGGAUGGGAGUGAUUCUGCGGCAGACGCACAGCCGAACCUCCGCUCUGACCCCCCGGGGCGGUGGGCUGCAGCUGGCCGGCCACGGUCGCUCUGUGGCGGCCUACUGUGGCGCUCAGAGCCGGGGGCAGCACACGGAGGUGGUGGAAAAAGUUCAGGUGGAUGUAAAGCGGUUAGAGGGUGAAGACAAUGGCAUAGUGGAGGUGUUGAUGUGCCGACACAAGGCAAGAAACGCUCUGGGAUAUGUGUUUGUGUCACAGAUGAGGGAUCUGGUGACCGCUCUGUCCAUGGACGUAGCAGCUAAGGUGGUCAUCUUCAGGAGUUUGGUUCCCGGUGUUUUCUGUGCAGGUGCAGACCUGAAGGAGAGGGCCGGGAUGAACAACGCUGAGUGCGAUCUGUUUGUUCACCGCCUGCGAACGCUCAUGACUCAGAUCGCUUCGUUGCCCAUGCCGACCAUUGCUGCGAUGGACGGCGCCGCCCUGGGAGGCGGGCUGGAGUUGGCCAUGGCCUGUGACCUCCGCACCGCCGCUCUCUCUGCACAGAUGGGUCUGAUUGAGACGACGCGGGGGCUGCUCCCGGGGGCGGGGGGCAGUCAGCGGCUGCCGCGGACCAUCGGCAUGGCUCUGGCCAAAGAGCUCAUCUUCACAGGAAAGCGUGUGGGGGGGCAGGUGGCUCUGGAGAUCGGGCUGGUGAACAGAGCUGUUGAACAGAACCAGAGCGGAGACGCAGCGCACAGAGAGGCACUCAGCCUGGCCAGAGAGAUACUGCCGCAGGCUCCCGUCGCUGUGCGGCUGGCAAAAGAGGCGAUAAACCGAGGCAGCGAGGUCGACAUGACUUCAGCAAUGGCAAUAGAGAGGAUGUGUUAUAAUCGGGUCAUCUUCACGCAGGACAGAAAGGAGGGAAUGGCGUCCUUCCUGGAGAAGAGACCCCCGCGCUUCACCGGGCAAUAAACUCUCCGUUGGUCUGCUGAACUCUCUCUCACACAGACGAUCACAUAACAUCGUGCCUGAGAGACGAUUAACAGCCAUCGAUUUGGUGCGUGAGUCCACGCCGCUGUGUCGAUACGUUAGUGGAGGUCAGCAUGAGUGUUUGCUUUGUGACAUUCAGGAUCAGACUGACGGAGGGAGAAGAACAGCUUACACCACUGUGAUUAAAAAAC